UGCGACUCCGAUGAAGGAUCAACACCACUUCUUCCUUCAGUUUUUUCUUCCACCUGCAAGUCUCCAAGCGGGCUAAGCCAAGCAAAGUUAUGCUGUCCCUCUUCAAGUUUCUCAUCCUGGGAGCCAUCUCCUUCACCUCUGUCAACGCGAAGUGCAAGGUUAUACCUGGAUCUGCAGGUUGGCCAUCAAGUGCGGACUGGGACGCCUUGAACCGGACUCUAGGGGGUCAAUUGAUCAAACCUACUCCUCCUGGUGCUGUAUGCCAUUCUGAUCAGCCCACAUACAAUAAUGCAACUUGCGCUGUAAUUACAAAGCAGUGGUCGAACUACACUUUUCACGCAGAUAAUCCGGUCAGCACCGAUUGGGACAAUACCAACAACGACACUUGUCUUCCUGAUCCAGCACAACCCUGCAGUCCAAUAGGAUAUCCAGUGUACGUUGUGAACGCAACCACUCCUGAGAAUGUCGCUGUGGGGGUCAAUUUUGCGGCAGCGAACAAUAUACGCUUGAUUGUGAAGGGUACAGGACAUGAUUAUAUGGGAAGAUCAGUCAGUCCAAAUUCUCUCUCAAUCUGGACCCACAACAUGAGAGGUAUCAACCUUCACGACGCUUUCCAGCCCCAAGGCUGCAAACACAGCAUUCCAGCCACAGCCGUCACCGCAGCAGCGGGCCACAACCUAAUAGAUCUCUACGCUGCGACGGACUCCUAUAACUUGACUAUUGUCGGGGGUCUGGAAGCUACCGUCGGACUGGGUGGCUAUCUGACCGGUGGCGGCCACUCUCCUCUAAGUACGGCCUAUGGCAUGGCAGCUGACAAUAUACUCGAACUCACUGUCAUCACCCCGUCGGGUUCGAAGCUCACAGUCAAUGAAUGCCAACACCCGGACCUCUUCUAUGCUUUCCGAGGAGGCGGAGGCAGCACAUUUGGCGUCAUGACCAGCGUAACGCUCAAAACAUAUCCCACACCUCGUGUCGCUGUCCUCUCCCUCCAACUCACGAUGUCAUCCGCCACAGAUAACAUCUGGGACAUGGUAGCAUACAUCUUAUCACAAUAUCCUAGUCUGAGCAACAAGACUAUCAGCGCUGACCCACAAAUUGCAGCCAUUCCCUCUGGAAACGCCACAACACUAUAUUUCAUAGGCAACUUCCGCAGUAUCUCCCCACAGGGCGUCCCCUACUUGUCAGCAGCGAUGCAGCCCAUCUUCUCACACAUACAGAGCACCUGGCCGGCAGCCAGCAUCAAUUAUACCACAACCUUAUAUCCAACAUUCUACUCACAUUUCCUCGCAACAGCUUAUUCCGUGGGCCCUGGAUACAACUUCAGGCUUGGGUCUAGACUGCUGGAUGCGCCAACCUUGACUGGUAAUCUUACUGCCUUGACAAGCGCUGUUAAAGGCUUCUGUGGCCAGCUUGGCUGUGGGCCCUUAUUACGCGGCGGCAAGGGGAUAUGGGAUGCUGUUCCCAGUGGUGGGAGUGACGCCGUCCUUCCCGCGUGGAGGAAAACAGUAGUGCAUUUCGUUACCGGUGCAAUUUGGGCAGCAAACAAUGCAACAGCAGAGGCAUCGGCGGUAGCAGCUAUGGAGCAGAGGGUUACGAUUCUGAGGAAUUUGCUCCCAAACUCGGGAGCAUAUAUCAACGAGGCCAAUCGGGAUGAACCUGACUUUCAACAAGCGUUCUGGGGCACGAACUAUCCUAAGCUGGCUGCUAUCAAGAAGGCGUACGAUCCGACCGAUGUAUUCUGGUGCCACCCUUGUGUGGGCAACGAGGGCUGGAAGGAGGUUGGAGACAAGUUGUGCACGGUUUGAGGGACUUGUCUGAUCGUCGAUUAUUAUUCUUGGCAAAUAUUUUGCUCGAUAUUGCAUGAACCAAGCCAAGACCACAACACGAAUACUCCUCGAGUUGGCUCAUGGAUUUUUAAUGUGCGUAAACUAGAUAAUGAAAAUAAUAUGCUACAAUUUUG